AUGUCCUACAGCGUUCCUCGCGCCGCCCCGACAAGCCGGUCCACGGCUCAAGGCAGUACCCCCAACGGACGCGCGCAGGGCAACGGCACGUUAGGCGCCAUCGCCGGACCCAAGAUGCUGCCGGCCACGAACACACACACACAACGCAUGCCGCGUGUCACGCUGAGCCCCACAACGCGUGUCGCCUCCGUCGGCGCUGCGCACCCCUCCACAGCGUCGAGCACGACGCCGCCCAACUCCGCCCGCGCGCUCGCCCUCCCCCCCGCCCAGCACCCCGACCGCACCUCUGCCACGGAGGCGGUGAACGCGGUUUAUGAGAAGACAGAGGCGCACCUCAGAGAAAUUGAGGAAAAACUGGAGCGGAUGCACGAGGACUUGCGGCAGGCCGCCACCGCCAAAGCGCUCGUCCCCCCGACUCCACAUACGACGUCUCAGCAUUCACCGUUGGCCGCGUCAGACUCUGCCAGUACCAGCGCCAGUCAUAUGGGUGGCAGCACGACAAGGAACGGAUUCCAGCGUACGUCGCCGCUCCCGUCCGGCCAGUCGACCACCACCACCACCGCCGUCACUACCACACUGGAGAACCCAGCUGGUGCGAACCACCACUUGCAGCCCAUCCAGAAGCCCGCGGAGCCACCGCUGAUGAAGACGGGCGAGAGGGCGAGGCCCAUGCGUGGGACAGGAUUGGCACAGCGCGCGUCAUCGCCGAAGCCGACCCCGCCAGUCUCAACCGCCAAGACUGCGAAGGCGGAAUCGUUGAAGACGGCCGCUGCGGGGGCCUCUCCCCCCCCUCCUCGCCCUGCUCCUGCUGCCGCCGGCGGUGCGAAUACGAAAAAGCUGAACAGCGAUGCCGUUGCGUCUCGCGCGCACUUCUCACUGGACGAGGGCAACGUGGUCGAGACACCCGACGUCAGCAGCGUCAGCGACAACUCCGGCAGCAGCAGCGACGAUGAGGACAGUACGCAGGCCGGCAGUACCACCUAUCUGCCCACGGCGGCGCAGCACAGUUUUGUGACCCCGACAAAGCCGCCCCCGGCGGCGAUGGCACCUGCGGGGUCGUCUCUGCUUUCCAACGCGGUGGCGCGGAGGGAAGGGGCGGCCACGCGGCAGGGCCUCGGCUUCAAAGGACUCGCCGGUGCGAACACGAACGGCGGUGGUGCCGGCGCGGGUGGUGGUGGUGGUCGCGGCCGGCGCGGUAUCAAGAUGAACGUGUCGGAAGCCGACAACGCCGGGCCGCCCUUCGCUCUUCCCACGCCGGCGCUCGACCAGUCCGAGAAGUCCGUCUCGAGUGACGGUGGUCAGGUCUUCGCCGUCGGCCGGCAGCGCCAUCGGAUGUCGCUGGAGGUCUCGCUGAACGGGGGCCUGUGCCCCGACGACACCAGCCCCGGCGUGGACAACGCCAAAGCCGUCGAUGGGCUCAGUAACACAACGCGGCGGCAGAGCCACGCUAUCACGCACAUGCGGGAGCGCUUCUUCGCCCCCAUCCCGUGCUUCAGCGACGUCCUGCCGCACACGGAGGAGGGCGUCUUCGACAAGCACGAUGUGGAGAAGAUGGUGCUGCAAGGCGCGCCAUGCUCGUGGCUGUGCUGUGCCGCGCUGGCCAUCAGCUUCAUCACCGGCAUCCCCACCCCGAUCGAGAAGGUGCUCAAGACGAACCACAUGGGGGUGCACUACAUCGCCCUUCCCACCGUCACCCUGGCGGAGUUGUACGACGUGACAAACGACUACAUCCACACCCGCUUUCACCGCUCCGCGACCUACAACUGCGACAGCGCAGCGGACGAGUUCGAGGAGGACGAGGACGCCGCGACGUACCUGUCGGCGGCGGAGCUGAAGGAGUUGCCGGACGUGCACUGCGAAAUGGCCACCUUCGACACGGAGGUGCUGGACCCGGAGCCGGGGGAUAGCGUGAACGGCAUGGGCGAGCACGCCCCCAUCACCAGUCUCGCCCAGUUCCGCAAGGAGUUAAUGCAGCACCUGUCGGAGGACAAGUCCAUGUACAUCUUCAACUACGAGCCCUACGUGAUGGAGCAGGCCCAGCUGCGGCUGCGGAGUAAUAUGUGCGACACGGAAGAGGAGGUCGCGGCGGUGAUGCGGACGGCGCGGUACGUGCGGAAGUCGGUGGGCCACUUCGGCAUGCUGCUCAGCUUCGACCCCGUGAAGCAUACCGCGACAAUUCUGACGCCCUACCUCAGCAAGGAGCAGUACUCACUGAACUUCCCCGAGUCGGGCGAGGACGGCGAGGAAGAGGAGGAGGGCGACGCAACACGGGGGCGCCGCUUCGAGAGCGCCUUUGCGAACUUGGUGCUGGAGAAGCAGACGGUGAGUCUGCAGGUGUUGUACGAGUCGGUGAACCUGAAGGACCCCUACACCGCCCUCUCACGCGGCUUUGUGCGUGUGUUUCGCAGCGCAAAGUUUGCGCCGAAGGUGCCGUGCAUGUUCCCGCUCUUCGUGCUGGACGGCAGCAGCGCGGGCGGGUUGAUGACGAGCGUGUUGGAUGUAAAGAUAGCGCCGCACGUGCUGGGCCUUGCCGUGCUGCACCACCUCUCCGUCACCUUUCUCCUGAGCGACAACGCACGCCGCAAGCAGAGCAGCCGCAACUUGCUGAGCAAGGCGAACGUGUGCGACGUGAAGCUGCGUGGCAUUCCGCUGACCAAGAUAUGCCAGCAGCUGCGGCUGCCGCUGUCGAUGAUCGUGAGUGCGAGCAAUAAGUCCUCGAUCGCCACGGCCUACGUGUGGUACCAUCUCUUUCUGCAGCAGCUGCAGAUCCACCAGGAGGUGCGCAUCGGCCUCAUCCUGCCUGCCCGCCGCGACGGAGCCGAGGAUGGCCAGCCGAACAUCACCGACACCGAGUUCUUGGACCACUUACAGCUCGUCGUCAAGUCGAAGAGCGUGAUGCUCAUCAGCUUUGACAUCAACGUCGGAUUGAACGUGCGCAUUGACAGCCGUGGCGAACCGGCGCACUUUGCCAUCGUGAUUGGCCUGGAUGAGGAGCGCGGAAUAGUGCGGCUGGCCGACGUGAACGUGAAGCGCUUCCGCAAGACGUGGCACGUGCCGAUCAACCGGCUCUACAACGCCGUCAUGGGCUACGGCUACAUCGUUGCCGCCAAGGACAAGAAAAUAAUCAAGGCCCUCAACGGAAAGGAGUUCCAGGAGAGCGCGCUGCAGUGCGCCAAGUACUUCCUGCCGCCCCCGGCCCCCACGAAGUGCCAGCGGUUUGAGUACCCGGCGAGGCCGUACCCCGUCACGGUGCUGGCGGAUGCGGUGGAGCGGCUGGGCUUCCCGGGCACGAACGUCGAGCGCUUCUUGAACUUUUCGGGGUUUCACAUUUCAUACUUUCUGUCGUUUGACAUGCCGCUGGAGUGCGCCGCCGCCGUUAUCGAAAACUACUCGCACUACGCGCUGGACGACGCCGUGAGCGUGACGACGUCGCACUACGACUUCUACGAAGGCAACCCGCCUCCCUCCGCCGAGGAGUUGAAGGCUAUGGGGUUGACGGGCAGCCAACCUGCCGACUUCAAGGUGCGAACGGAGGCGGACCUUUUACAGGCCAUCCAGUACGCCCUGGCUGAGCCUGAAAAGCGUGAGCUCAUCAUCAAGUACGAUGUCGACAUCGUCGCUGGCGACUCUGCCGUGUGGAACGGCAGCAGCGGCAGCAGCUUCGCCCUUCUCAUGGGCUACGAGGCGGCAACGAAGGUGGUGAUGAUGACCAACGCCGAUCCGUCCUCCUUCUACCGCACCUUCGCCUGCCCCCUCGGCGUGCUCUUCAGCGCCGUGUGCAGCUGGGACCACGUCGACCUGCGCGCUCGCGGCACCAUCCUGCUCACGACGGAGGUGUCGCAGGAAGCGGCGUACGACAACGUGAAGGGGUACGAUAUGGCCCACGCCCUCGUCCACCACCCGUUUAAGCCGAUCUUCUCGGCGGCCUGCUCCUGCCUGGCGCUGGCGGCGACGGAGAUGAUGAUGAACAUCGAGACCCCUACCCUGCUUGGCGGCGCCCCGCUCAGCUGUGGUGACGAGGAGAAGCGCAAGUACAAGCGCUACAACAACAUCUUCUCGGGCGAGGACUUCCUCUACGCGUUGCCGGCCUUCAGCGUGCACGACUGGCGGACGCAGCCGGUGGACAGCCAGGACGUGGUGAGCAUCGCGAAUAACGCCUUCACGACGCUGAAGCUGCCGCUGCACGCGGUGGAUGUGCUGAAGGGCAGCGAACAGGCGCGCAAGGACCCGCUGGCGUUGCUGCGUGCCUGCAGCGGUGUCAGCGGACUCAUGACCAUCUCGCUGGUGGCCUACGACACUGGUGUGCUGCACGGUGUGCCGGGGACGUCGGUGGGUGUGGUGAACCGCGUCCACGUGGUAGGCGAGGACGACAAGGACGACGACGACAACGGUGGGGCGUCCGCGGCGCCGCUUGUAGUGCUGAACGCGCCGGAGAAUAGCGUGGGGUCGGUGCAGCUCUUGGAGGGGGAUCCGUGCCGCUGGGGCGCGUGCUUUGUGUGCUCCGCCGAGGUGCUCGCACGCGCAGUGGUGGGCAUCUUCUUGGUGGAGGAGGUGGUGGAGGAGGGCGAGGACGCGGACAAAUAG